AUGCAACGAUUGCCGCCGCCGGCGAGAUCCAACAGGAAGAAGACUCCCUGGACCCGACUGCUCCCCGAAGUAGGCGGUGGCAUUCGCUGGAUCACGAAUACGGAUGAGCGCCGCUGUUUUUCCUACUUUCAGUACUACACCAUUCCCACCCUGUCGGGGUUUUUCAAUUCGACCCUGUGGGAAAAGCUCGUCCUGCAAAUGAGCUAUGCCGAGCCCGCCGUGUACCAUGCGGCUGUGGCGCUCAGCGCCAUCCAUCAGGAUGUCGAGAUGCACGGCAUGCCCUUGCCCGGACAGGAGCUUGAGCUCUACAAUACCUGGCAUCGAUUCACCCUGGAACAGGCCGGGCGGUCGUUUGCCAUUCUCAAUGAACGUCACUUUUCACAAGACCCGCGCCUACGUGAGGUCAUGCUGCUGUGCUGUCUCUUGUUCGUGCUGAUGGAGCUUUUACGAGGAAAAUAUGACGACGCCUUCCAGCACCUCGAAGGUGGUCUACGCAUAUUGAAUGAGCUCAAGGCUCAACGGCAACUGGUCACCUGGGUUCCGCAUGAGUCACCAGUGGAAGAAGCUCUCGUCGCUGUAUUCGCACAGUUGGAUAUUCAAGCCGCGAGCUUCAAGGUCGGCGGACCAAUCCUCCGUAUUGAAAACGAGCUUGAAGCUUCUGUCACGGAGGAUUGCCUAUUAUUUUCCAAUGUUCGUGAAGCGCGCCGUGCCAUAGAGCCCUUAUUGAGUCGUGCCUUCGGCUUCCUCUUGGACUGCUGGUCCAAGUCAGACAAAGAAAUCAUAUGCCAUUAUAAAUGGCUUCAACAGGAACAACAAAAGCUAAUAUCCGAGUUGAAUCGCUUCUCAGCGCAAUUCGACAACUUCUAUAACUAUUCUUAUACGCGAGUCAGUCGAAAGGACCAACGAGGAGCAGAUAUGAUCAACAUCCUCCGACAUACCACAUCCCUAGCAAUCCGAACGUCUCUCAUCCGAGACGAAGUCUUACUCAGUCAGUACCAGCCCGAGUACAAAGUCAACCUUGCGCUUAUCGAAGGGGUCAUGUACAAGUUCCGAGAACGUCCCAAUUACACCUUGGACAUGGGUGUCGUACCUCCGUUAUAUAUUAUCUCGAUCGGGUGUCCCGACUACACCCUGCGCUGGCGAGCGAUCGAGUUACUUCGGUCUUGGCCGCAUCGUGAGGGCGUCUUUGAUUCAAACUGGGCGGCUUUCAUCGCAGAAGAACAUAUUAAGGUACAGUUGCAGUUGCAAGGAUUUCAUGGGAUUGAUGGGUUAUCGAGUUAUGUGGGAGAUAGUGGUAGUCCGACGAGCUCUGUGGAGUCUAAGGAGGAUUCAGGAACAGACGAGAAAUUGGAGAAGGGAAGAUGGUCGACUUUGGGACAGGAGGAAUAUACCAUCGAACAGGGUCUGGAAAAAACGAAGUGCAUGGAGGAUUGGCCUUGUGUGCAGUCUCUCAUGGCUGCGAGAAGGAGAUGCAUGUUGUGA